AUGACAGGGCUGCACCGCUACCUGACGUGUGGUUAUGGUGAUUACGGAGUGGGGAUUCACAGACACAAGCCGAGCACCGCCCCCCACCUGCCCGCCAAGGAGAGGUGCCCGCCCCCCGACCUGCCCGCCAAGGAGAAGUGCCCGCCCCCCGACCUGCCCUCCAAGAAGAGGUGCCCGCCCCCCGACCUGCCCUCCAAGAAGAGCAAAGAGCAGUGCCCGCCCCCCGACCUGCCCGCCAAGGAGAAGUGCCCGCCCCCCGACCUGCCCUCCAAGAAGAGGUGCCCGCCCCCCGACCUGCCCUCCAAGAAGAGGUGCCCGCCCCCCGACCUGCCCUCCAAGAAGAGGUGCCCGCCCCCCGACCUCCCCGCCCCCCCCCCACCUGCCCUCCAAGAAGAAGAGCCCGCCCCCCCAAGUGCCCGCCAAGAAGAAGAGCCCGCCCUGCCGCCCUCCAGACCGAAAGGCCCGCCCUCUGACCUUCCUGCCAAGACAGCCCCACCUCUAGCCCCGCCUCCAGCCACGCCCACCAGCCCACACCGACGAAGUACCGCAUACCGGAAAGCCGCACCGGGAGACGCCCCCGCCGCCGCUUCUACUGGUUGCGUCUCCGCUUCCGCUGGUGGCUUGAAGACCGGACAAAGUGGCUUGAAGACAGGAGAAGGAGAAGGCGGCAGGCUCCUCCUCCACCGGGCCCGCCGCACCCCGCCGCAACCGACGGCCCAGCGACGCUUCGUCCGCUUCCCACGAAUGGGCCCGCCUCUGCACGGGAAGGCCCGCGGAGGCACGGGAAGGGCCGACGACGGUCGGGCCUACUUCCGGUGGCUGUGGGCCCGGGAAAGCCGCGCGCGCCUCGUGCGGCUGGGCACGCCGCCUCGGGCCUACUUCCAGUGGCUGUGGGCCCGGGAAAGCCGCGCUCGCCUCGUGCACGUGCGCCCGCCGCCUCGGGCCUACUUCCGGUGGCAGUGGGCCCGGGAAAGCCGCAAGCGCCUCGUGCGGGUGGGCCCGCCGCCUCGGGCCUACUUCCGGUGGCAGUGGGCCCGGGAAAGCCGCGUGCGCCUCCUGCACGUGUGCCCGCCGCCGCCUCGGGCCUACGCGCCUCGGGCCUACUUACGGUGGCUGUGGGCCCGGGAAAGCCGCGCGCGCCUCGUGCACGUGGGCCCGCCGCCUCUCGGGACCGGCAUGGGGAACCGGGCCUCCGCGUCUUCCACGUCUUCGCAAAACAAAGACAGGGGAGAACGGCACGAACUCCACUGCCUGGACCCGGACUCUGCUCCCGCCACACCCGCACCGGAUGGACCGCGCUUGGUGCGGGUCCAGAUCGAGCCGCCGCCGAGGACGGGCGCGGGGAACCUCGCCGCCGAAUUGGAACCCUCACCGCCGCCGCCGCCGCCGUCGCCGGAAGGACGGGAUAAUCCGGGCACAGCUGCGGCCGGCCGUGUGAGGAGGGAAAAGCGCGCCGCCCCUUCGGCACUGCCGCCCGGGAGAGCGGCGGGAGCCGGGCCGGACGGGAGCAGGGAGGGGACGCGGAGACCCUCCGCCGCUCCACGACCGGCCACCCCCGCCGUCUGCGACGCUGCACACCCCUUGCGAUGCGGACGCGGGGGCUACCCGAAUCCCCCUCGGUUGCCGCUGACGGAAGGAACCCUGCACCUCCUUAGGGCGGCGGCGCCUGUGGACGUCGGCCCGGGCCCUGUUCGGCUGACCUUACGUGAAGGGGGAAGCCUGGAGAGAACAAGCCUCCCUCCACACAUCCCCACCUCCCCUUCCACCAAAGCCCUGCUUUCACCCAUCCCCGCCGACCCUUCCACCCUGCACACACGGGCCCAGGCACAAUCUCGCACCCUGCACCCACAGAUCCUGGCCAUGCUGUGGCCAGCAUGGCUUGGACGGAGAAGCCCUGGGCCACUUCGGCCUGCCACGCGUGGAGGGGACACGAAUCGACGGCGCUUCGACGUGCCGGAACGUGACGGCUGUGGCGCGGAGCGACGACGGGAACGGAUAGAGGAGACGACGGACGGCCGCCGCUGCUGA